AUGCAGUCGUGCCAAACACCAACUUUCGAUAGUUCCACACAGCUAAUUGGUGACGGUACAAUUGAAUCAACAGCACGUUCAACAAUGUUGACUCCGACAUCGUUGGACAGCGAAUCUCCGCGGAAGAGUUUUGCUAACAACAAUUCUGAACGUUGGAACACUCGCAGAGAUCAUUGGGUUUGUAGUUUGAUUUAUUGGAUUUCGAGAUAAUCAAAACACUAAUUCAGAGUUCAAUUCGCGCCCCACCACCAGCUAAUCUAACAAUUCCAACUAGUCAAAAAACUCCUUUCUCACCACCACCAAUCAGUUUCAAUCAAACCCCUAAUUCGUUGUUUUCGCCACCUCUGUUCAAUUCCAAGUCGAGACAAUUGUUUUCACCGCCGAUUCCAUCGACACCAUUGAGUUAUGGCAAAAAUGCAUUCGAUAAACAGAGCGUAUUUUCGACAGCAACUACUACACCUGGGGAACCGAUUGAAGUUGAGGCUAGCGUUGAAUAUUUGGCUGAACUCGUGAAAGAAAAGAAACACUUGAUGCUCUUCCCUCACAUGUUCAACAAUGUGGAACGGUUAUUGGAUGAAGGUAUUUUGUUUUUCUUAUCGAAAUUUUAUAAUAAGUUUUAUUUUAGAAAUAGCAAGAGUUCGCCUUUUGCUGUUCCAAACAGAUUUUCCUCGAAUCGAUCUUCCAGAACCAGCCGGUGAUCUAGUUUCAAUAACCGAGAAAAUCUACGUACCUAAGAAUGACUACCCAGAUGUAAGCUUGAUAUAAUCGCAAAGUGAAAAUAAUUCAUAUGAUUUCAGUACAACUUCGUUGGAAGAAUUUUGGGACCACGUGGAAUGACGGCAAAACAAUUGGAACAGGACACUGGUUGCAAGAUCAUGGUUCGUGGAAAAGGAUCGAUGAGAGACAAGUCAAAGGUUUUAAAAUUAUUAAGUUUAUCUAAUGUAUUUUAAAGUCAUUCAAGGAAAACACUCACCGUGGAAAAACCAACUGGGAACAUCUCGAUGACGAGUUGCAUGUUUUGGUGCAAUGCGAGGACACUGAGAAUCGCGUGCAUUUGAAAUUAGAAGCUGCCAUCGAACAAGUCAACAAGUUGUUGGUUCCGGCUGUAAGUUUUAAAUGAAAUGAAAGACUCUAGAAAUGAAUUUUUAGCCGGAAGGAACAGAUGAGUUGAAGCGAAAACAAUUAAUGGAAUUGGCCAUCAUAAAUGGAACAUAUCGACCAAUGAAAUCUCCAAAUCCAGCGAGAAUUAUGACAGCUGUUCCAUUGUUGUCACCAUCUCCACUUCGCACUCCAGCUUCUGUGAUGAUGUCACCAAACCCGAACACCAACACAGCGUCACUUGUGGUUAGUUUGGCUCUUUAUUUAUUUAAUAAUUUUCAAUUUUCAGAACCCAAAUACUGCUGUUUCAACAUCUUUGUUUGAUUAUCCACUUCUGAGGUAACCUUUCUAAUUCUCCCAUGAGCGUUUUCAUAAGCAUUAUUUUCAGCCCAAGUGUAUUUGACGCUUUCGGUUCUCUUCAAAUUCAAACAGAAUUCAACUUCCCGAAAUACCCAACAACCACAGCCUUUGUGAAUUCAUUCCCAUCGCUCUUUUCGACUUCGUCAAACUCUACAAACAGUGUUCAUACCACAAGUGCUGCAACAACUGUAACUCCAACCAGCGCCACCUCGAGUUCGCACUCUUCAUUCUAA